AUGCCGAGCACCGCAGUGACAUCGACACCCUGGAUCGUACUGGCUGUCGCGAGUGGUGCGUGCGCAGCUUUCAAUGGCGUAUUCGCGAAGCUCACAACGACGGAGCUUACGGCCUCGUGGUCAGGCUCCAUAGCCCAUGCUUUUGGUCUCAGCAGCUCGAAUAAGCUGGUCGAGUACGCCAUACGCGGGCUCUUCUUCGGCCUCAAUAUCCUCUUCAACGCCGUCAUGUGGGGUCUCUUCACGCGCGCCCUGACGCUCGCCUCGUCCACCGUCCGCGUCAGCGUGAUCAACACAUCUGCCAACUUCAUGAUUACCGCGAUUCUGGGCCUGGCCAUAUUUUCCGAAUCGUUGCCAGGACUAUGGUGGCUGGGCGCGGCGAUGCUGAUAGCUGGAAGCGUGAUCAUUGGGAGAAGAGAAGAGGGCGUGAAAGAGACCGAAGGCGCUGUGGGCUCGGACCCUCUGCUCAGUGGCGAAGGGGACGCUUUUCGCGAUGAGGAUGACAGUGACAGAGAUGAUGUCGAGCUUGAUAGUGUCAGAGACGGUGACAAGAGCAGCGAUGAUGAGGAUGGAGUCUUGAAAUAG